AUGACAUUAAAUAAUACAAAUUCAGAAGGUUAUGAUGGCAUAUGUACAAAGGUUAUCAAAGCGUGCAAAAAUCAAAUUAGUAAGGUGCUAGUCUAUUUAGUUAAUUUGUCAAUGAAAUCUGGCACAUUUGCAGAAAAAUUAAAGGUUCUGGAAGCUGUUGCUCAUAAACAGAUUUUUUCUUUUGUUUUCUCAAAUAAUAUUCUUUCGUCUUAUCAGUCGGGUUUCCGCCCUAGUCAUUCUACUACUACUGUUCUUCUCAAGGUGACGGAAGAUAUCCGAGAGGAGAUAGAAAAAUCAAAACUGAUCGUCCUCAUCUUAAUUGAUUUUUCUAACGCAUUAAUUUUCUGUCGUUUUACAGGUGAGACCCUGAACGGACAGCGCCUGAUCGAAUUCCGGCUGGGUCAUGAAGCCGAGACCGAACAAGGUCUUGCGGUGGCGCGCGCCGAGUUGCUCGUGCGCGCUGAAGCACCACGUGCGCGGCGACCGCGCUACACGCUGUGGGCAUUUACCGUAGCGGGCAAUGGUAGCGCGACGCGCGUAGGCGCCCUAGCGGGUGCUACGCGUGGCGCCGCGCGCGCAUGGCAGCGACUGGACGUGACGGGCGCAGCGCGGCGCUGGGCAGCGGCUGGCGCGCGCGCCCCUCUACGGCUGUUGUUGGAUUGUAGCGGUUGCGCGGGUCGCGUGCGGCUUCGGUUGGGUGGCGCGGCGGCCGCCCGCCCGUUGCUACGACUCACGCUACGGCAACAUGCUACGCGCCGCCGCCGCGCGCUUGACUGCGACGCCGCCGCACGCGGCCGCUGCUGCCGCCAGACCUACUACGUGAGCUUCCGCGCGCUCGGCUGGGACGACUGGAUCGUAGCGCCGGAGGGCUACUACGCGAACUACUGCCGCGGAGCCUGCGCACCCAUCCUUAACUACCACGCGCAGGUGGUUGAAGCGGCAAAACUGGAGCGCGCCGCGUGUUGCGCUCCCGUGCGUUUCUCCGCGCUGUCGCUAAUCUACUUUGGCGCCGACUCGAACAUCAUCAAGCGCGACUUGCCCGAGAUGGUAGUCGAGGAGUGCGAUUGCCCGUAG